AUGGCUGCUCUGACUGCUGGGGUGCAAUAUAGUUUAUCGUCAAACCAGAACAAUGGCCUUAUGCCCAAGCAAAGGACGAGCAAAAACAAAACGCUGUUCUUCGUUAAGCUAACUGAUUCCUGUCUGAAGGCUGUCGAGGAUUACUUGAGAUGCUGUCAACAGGUAAGCUAGUCAGCCUUUACGAAUGUACACUUUUUCGAGGCUUUCACAAUCGUCUGUUGCUUUCAUGAUUUCUCUUCUUCGAGUAGCCCACAAUCGUUUUUCUUUGGCCACGUCCUCAAUCCAAACCUUUUUUAAAUUUCAUUUAUAGGCUUUUAUACAAAUCAGUGUUGAUUCUCAGGUAUUAUUAAUUAUUAGAACCUCUAAAUCAGAAAUUAAGAAUUUUAACACUGAAAUUAAACCAAUGCUCCAACUUGAACUGUGAGACUAAUCUAUUUUUAAAAUAUACCUUACACAUUUUUUUUUUUAUGGUAUUACUAGAAAAUGUUAAGUUCUAUAAUAUCUAAUUACCUAUUCAAAGGAUUAUAUUCAUAAUACAUUUACAUACCUAUUUAGGUACUGUCGAUACUGAAAAAACAUGUUUUAGUGUUUCAAACAGCUGGUUUUUUUAACUGUCUACUUAGUGAUAUCUUAAUGUCCAAAUCUGUUAACAAUUAUUUCAGGAAUUCGAAUUGAGUUUAUAUUUAUAAAUUAAAAUUAUUAUUUAUUUACAUAAUCAGGUUUAUUUAUUAAAUACUUACCUACAUCUACCUACUUAAAAAUAUUAAUUUUAUUUCAUAAUUAUGAGUUUAUAUAAUAAUCUAUAAAAAUAGUACUUUUAAAUAUAAAUUUAGUUAAGUAUCUCACAGAGUAUCUAGGUAGUAAUUAGGUAUUGACUAAAUAAGUACAAUCUAGGUUAUUAUUUGAACACAAGUACUUUUUUCUCAUUUAUCACAUCAAAUCCAUUUCCAUAGAUCAGGUACAUAUAAUAGAUAUCAAAAAAGCUAAUUUUAUAGCACAAGUUAUUCUGACUUAAAAUUUGAUUACCUAUAUCUACUCAUAUCUGUUUGAAGUAUUCAUUUUAUAUUUUAUUCCCUUUAGUUUUGUCUAAUUAUUCAAACAUAAGUAAAAUUGACUUUUUUAUUUAAAUUUACUAUUAAUUGGAAAAUAAUAUUAAAUAAAUACAUAAAUUAAAAUUAAAAUUAAAGCAACUGUUUUAUAGGUAUAUAUUUUAACAUUUUCUCAAAAUUAUUUUGUUUACUUACUUAUGCAAUUUUUUACUAGGAUCCAUUGAUUAUAUAUCAUAACAUUUAGUACAAUUUUUACUUUAUCUAAUACCUAUACAUAAUUUAUUUUGUAUUUUUUUCGGUAUAUUUUUUAUAUAGCAUAGGUAACACAAAUUUUAUGAAAUUAUGAAAUAUUUGUUUUUAUUCUAGUCAAUUACAGCCAAUAUCUAUUUAAUGUUAAAUAUUCUUUAAAAAAAAUUUAAAAAAAUACCAUUAAGUUCCUGUGAUUUAUACAAUUAUUAUUAAAUAAAAAUUGAGGCGUCCCAGUCACUCAUUUAUAUUAUUUUCUGAUUAUAAGCAUAAGUGCGUGACUAGAAUUUAUCCAUAAAAGCAGAAUAAAUAUCUAUAUAAAAUAACCUUCACCAAAAAAUGUUUGAUCAUUUUACUUCAUAGUUUAUUUAUCACCCAUACAAUUUUUUUUUAAAUUUUCUUGACAUUUCUCCAGUGCUAUAUGAAAUUUGAUAAUUUUGAAGACAGCAUAUGCUGUUGCAUGUUACUAUAGUUAAAGCUAUGUUUCUGAUGAUGUCUUUAAACGAAACCAGUCAUAAUAAAUUAUUUAUUUAAUUUUUUAAUUUUUAAGAUAAUAUUUAAAUCUAAUAUUAUUUUUAAAUCACUUAUAUUUUAGAAAAAAAAAAUUAAAAAUAUAAAUAUAUAUAUACAUAUUAUAAUUUAUAUAAAUAUAAAUUCUGAUCAGUUUAUUUGCUCUAUAGUAGUCAGUAGAUCUAAUGAUAUCAGUAUAUAAUAAGAUGCAUUAUAAUUUGUUUUCUAUUUAAUCCAAUUUAUUUUUUGAUAGAUACCAAAAAAAAAUCUAAAAAUCAUGAAAUUAUAAAUCAAUAAUGAUUAUGUUCUUUACUAAGUAUAUACUUAAAUAUUUUAAUUUUUUCAAAAUUUAUUUUAGUUAAAGAUUAGAUAUUUUGUUAAAUUUUUGUAGGUACCCAAAACAUAAUUUAUAAGUACAUAUCAAUAAAUAAUUUGUACUCUAUACAAAUUAGAUAACAAUGAGUAUAAUAUAUAAAUAUAUAAUAUAGUAAUGUCAAUAAAAAAUAAAAAUGAGUAUGUGAAGUAAUGAAAUCUAUAGUCAUGAAAGCCUCUUUCUCUUAGUUAUAUACCUUGAGGAGGAAUGUAUUGGUUUUACUAUGUUAAUAUUUUUUUUUAUCUUAACAACUUUUCUAUCAGAAAUUUGGCUGUGAUUUUAAAAUGUAGCACAUUUUUUGAAAGGAAAUUGGAUUGGGGUGAUUUGAUUUUCCUUGAAGUUUUUAUAAUAAAUGGGAAAAUUAACAAGGUGUAUUAUUUUCAAAUUGUAAAUAUUACAGCCUUUCAAAACAUAUAUAACUAAAUUCCACUAAGAAUCGUUUUUCGUUAGCAAUAAUUAAUUGUUGCUUACAAGUAUAAUUUAAUUUGUCCUCUACCUUCCCAACUUCUCACCUACAAAAGUGUCUCAUCUAUUGUACAAAGUAUAUCUGUUUUUGAUUAUUUAAAUUAUUUGUUAUAUAAAGAAAAGUUAUUUAUAUAUUAUUUACACAAGGUUAAAUAAUUCCUUAAAAAGUUAUAGUAUUUAAAAAAAUAAAACAUUUAUUUAUUAAUAUUUAAAUUUAAAUAUAAGUAGAUACCUACAAUUUUUAAUAGUGGUAUAUUUUUCUGAAUAAAGUGCUACAAACAAUGUACCUAUUAUUUUUAAUUUUUGAAGCUAAGUUAGUUUUGUUUAUAGAAUAAAUAUAGGUACCUAAGUAAUAAAAAAUUUAUAUUUAAGGGUCUUCAAGUUACAUUUUGAUCAAAACAUAACUAUAAGUACUUAUUUUAACUGUAAGUUUUUAAUAUAGGUUAACCUACCUAGUAUUUACAAUGAAUAGUAUUUUAAAUUUAUGGAAGGGGCUUAAUUAUCCUUGAACUUCAAUAUUUACGCUACUAACCUUAACUGUAAGCUGUUAUUUUGUUAAAAACAUUAGUAUUGCACUAAGUACAUUCUGUAAUGUAAUAUUAUUAGUACAAAUAGUGUUUUACUUGUAUUAAAUGUUUCUCACUGACCACUGUACAUAAUUAUUAACAUAUUUAUGAUUUUUUUUUUUAUGACAAAUUAUUCAUAUUCAGAUAAAUAUUUAGGGUUGGUUAUAUAAUUCAUAUUGUCUUUUUAAUUUGACCUAAGGGUUACCUACCAAGUAUUUACAUCUCUAAUUAAACUUUUCUUAUUAUCAUUAAUUAUAAAUGUAAAUUAAUAAUUAAAAAGUGUUAGUAGGUAUUAUAUUAAUUGUUUGAUAUAAUUUUUUAAAUGAUGGCUUUUUGUUGAAAUCAGUGAUAAAUGAAUCUAUACUAUAUGGAUAAUACUCAUAGUUUUGAAUUUUAUUUCAAAUCAUUUAAUAAUUUUCUCUUAUAACUAAUAUUAAUAUUAGGUACUUACAUUUUAUUUUCACUUUUUUUAAUUAUUAGAUAAUAUGUUAUUUAAAACAAUAAGUAUAUUCGUAUAUUAAGUAAGUAUUUACUUAUAAAAUAAUUAUGAAUAAAAAAAAAAAUAUGUAAAAUAAUUAUUUAACUCAAUUGUGUGUAGUAUUUACUGGUCCAACAAUAAGUGUACCUGUACAUUGUAUUACACCAAGUUGUAUUUCAAAAGAUUAGGCCACCCACACUAAAUGAGUAAUAGUGUCAGAGGUUUAUUUGGUUAAAAGUGACUUGAAACAAAUUGUAAAGUACUAAUUUUAAAUCUUUAAAUACCAAUUUGUCUAACUGAAUUCAUAAUAAUGAGAAAUGAAGACACUUCAGACAAAUCAAUCAUGACUCAUGGCUAACAACUUUUAAAUUAAAAUUUGUUUGUUUUGUCUGUAAAUUGUCAAUGCAAAGGUUUCCAUGUUAUAAUUUUAAGUAAAACUGUGUUAAGCUAUUUUUGCUUUUUUCAGUCCUUCUCAUAUCCAUUGAGGAUUAUUUACCUAUUAAUAGGUAUCUUCAAUUAUGUAAUUGUAAUCUUGUUCAAAAUAAGUACCUAUUAUAAAUUGGUGGUCCAUGUUUUAAUCUAAUUUGAUUUGAUUUAUUAUCAAAUUAUUUAUUCAAAAUUAAAGAAAUAAUCAUAAAAAUAAGAUGUAUGUUUAUAGUGCACAAUAUUUUAAGUUAUAUAUUUUAAUUGUAUAACUAAAACUUGAAUACAACAUUAGAUUAACUUAUGAACAUAACUUUACUUUUAAAAUAGUAUUUAUUUAUCAACUUGCCAUAAAUGUUUUUCUCAUAUUCAUAGAAAGUAAAUGAAACCAAUACGUAUUAUAUUGGACUUACCAAUUUGAUUUCUAACAUUUUUGUUCUUUGUCAAAUACAUACACCAUAAAACAAUUUAGACGUUUUUUUUAUUCAGUCCAAUAAUUUUUAUAGGUUGUUAUAAUGUAAUGGAUUGAUGUAGUGUUCUGAAAAAUUUAGCGCGUAUUAAAUGAAACAGGUCACUUUUUUCAGUUCAAUUUGAGUUUUUUUUUUAUAAAGUUAUAUAAAUUUUAAAAUAUUUGAUACUACAGUUAAAACUGCUGAUUAGGAUAUCAUAUGUAAAGAUAUCCUGGAAUAAAUGAUUCCUUUAUACCAAUGUAUAUGGUUGGUUUUAUGUCUAAUUUGCGUUAAAUUUGGUAAUUUAUAACAAUUUUGGUUACAGCAAUAAGCUGGAUAUAUAAUGAUGUUAUUUUGAUAUGAAAAUUGGUUUUUAGAUUCACCUAUAAUAACAUUGUAUAUACAUAUUAUGUAUUUAUAAACAGCAAAUUUGCUUCUUUCAUCAGGUUUUGCAACAAUCCAUAAUCUAUUUUAUUUGUAACAGAUAAUAUGUCGUAUAUAUAGUAUAGGUUGCCAUGUUUUAUGGGGUACCAUUGAUUAGGUGCGUUAUUUUGUUUUGGUAAACAACGACAUUUUUCCAAUUUUCAAUAAAGUAUCUAAAACAGAUUAUUUAAAAAAAAGACAUCCUAGGAUAAUGGUAAUGGGUGGAUGCAGCCACUAUUAUAGAUAAUUUAAUGUAUAUCUGUAAUCAACAAUAAACCAUUACUUAUGAAAAACGAUUCUGAGCAUAGUUCGGUUGAUAGUGAUGCUUUAUCAACAAUAUGUAUGUCAUUUUAUAGUAAAAUAACUAAACAGGCUUUAUAUAUUUUCUUUAAUAAUAUAUAUUUAAUUUUGUACAGAUAUUUCCAAUUUUCCAACUUUUUUCAGGUUUUCCCAUGUUUUAACCUGGUUUUUCACAUUUGCUGGGAAAACUCUUGGUAAAAUCAAAAAAUGACCUCUCUAAAGUACCUCGCUAGUGAAAUUUCCUUUUAGAAACAUUGCUAUUAUUAAAAGUUUGAGUAAAAUUGCUGGUAAAAUAGCUGUACAAAGAAAAAAGGAAUGCUGUAAUAUAUUUUAACUAAUACCUACAUUUCUUAUAUUUUCCUGUUUUUUUUUUGGUUUUUCAAAGUUGAUGGGAAAACUCCUAAGAAAAUCGAAAACCUCCCCACGUCGAUUUCCUUUUAGAAAAAGUGUUAAACGUGAAAAUUCGAGCAAGUCUUUAGGUAGAAAAGUUGCGCACAGGUAAAAAAAAAAUGAUUAUAAAAAAAACAUCUAUGUAAAACCAUAAGGAAAAAAGACUUCACUCAGAAUCUAAAAAAAAAUAUUAAAUAUUACAUAAGUGUAAAAUGCAUUAUGUUAUAAUUUUUAUAUAAUUAAUACUACUAUUGAAUUAUUUAUGCUUAAUAAAAAACAUUUGUUUGAUAAAUUAAUUUUUCAAAAAUUUAGUUUUUUUUGUAAUCUGGAUAUAAAAAUCUGUAUUUUUAGAUCCCUUAAAGAUCAUUAUAGGUGAAUUCUUACUUUAUGUAAUAAAAUUCAAAAAAGUAGCCUGGCCUCUCUCAUGUCCAUUUCAUGCUAUAUUCAAAUCUAUUUUCAGAAUUCUUAUUGUAUCACUACAUUAAUUGAAAGAAAAUUGGUCUGAAUUCUCAUUCAGCAUAUGUGUUAGCAAAAAAAGAAAAUAUUGUAGUAUACUUUUCCCAAUUAAGUAAAUUUUUGGAAAUCUAAUAUUCUGCCCUUAUAAGCAAUAACACCUUAAAUCACUAUAAAAUGUUUUUUUUUUUUUUUUAAAUUGUAGAAAUAGUUUCAUAAAAAGCAAUAUUUUGUGUCUUCUUAAAUUAAUAAAACCUUGUACAUUUUACUUAUUAAAGUAUGAUAUGGAUUUUCAUAUGUCAACCAUAUAUGUGCAAUGGAAUAAAAAUUCUGAAGUAUUUAUCCAAAUUUUUGUAUUAUAAAUAAAUUUAUAGUUUAUAUUAUUACAAUUGUAUUUUAAUUUAUUGGUUACAAAUAUAUUUUACACAUAUCACAUAUUGAUAAUUAAAACCACAAUCAACAGAUUGUAGACGCCACAAAUCAUUAUUUGUGUUAUAUAUUAAUCAAAAAUGUAUUUUCAUCUAUAUAUAUAUAACGUUUUUGUUUAGGAUGGUUAUUAAAAGCUCAUUUUACAUAGUAAAAAUCUAUUUUUUGAUAAAUGUUUUGAGUAUGUUGAAAAAAAAAAUGUUAGGGGAUACUAAGUUAAAAAGUUAAGCAAAUCGAAUAUCUAUUAGAAAAAUUUAAAAAAAAAAUCAAAAUGAAUCAAUGGAAAUACCAGUUUAUAAUAUCGACAUUGAUUACUUUUUACUUGUUUAUAUUACUAUUAAUUAUCAUUUUAUUAUAAUUAAAUAAAAUAAUUUACUAAUAAUUAAUUAUUAAUUACAUAACUAUUCAAUAUUAAUAUUUAACUAUUUUUAAUGGCAACUUAAUCAAAAUAAAAUCAUAGAAUUUACAAUAGAGUUAAAUGAUAUUUUUUUCUCUGGUUAUUAUUUUAUAUUUAUAUAUUGUUUACAGUACUGUAUUUUAAACUGCUAAUUUAAAAAAAAAAAAUGAGUAUAUUAUAAAAAUACAUAUAUUUGAAUAGAUUACCUAAGUGUUAUUUUUAUUUAUUUAAAUCUCUAUGUAAGUACCUAUUUAUAAUGCCUCGGAAUACAUCAAUUUUAUUGUCUAUGGCCAUGGAUUGUAACGAUGGUUGGUACUGGUGGUACCUCUAAUUAUUGACAUAUUUCAAAAAAUUAAAAUAACUCAUUGUUAUUAUAUUUAGUUAUGAAAAUUAAGGAUAUAAGGAAUAAAGCACCCCUCUUUUCAUACACAAAAACUGUAUACUGUCUUAGGUUAAUAAUACUAUAAAAUAUACUAAUUUACUAGUAUUUACCUAUAUAAUAUUGUUAACAUUAAAAUAAUGAUUUCUAAUGAUUAUUAUUAUUAUAUUUUUUAUUUGAAGUAUUAUAGUUGAUUGUUGUCUAUCGAUCUGAUAGAUAUUAGUACAGAUAACUCUUUGAAGAAUGGUUAAGUACACAGAGAACUCAGUGACAUUGGUAAAUUAUGAUUGUACUUGUUUUUUCCGUACAAUGUCAGCUGGCUCUUAUCGACAAUAUUGACAAAAUUAAAAUGAAGGUCAAAGUAUAAACAACUAAUUUAUUCAUUUUGUUUGGGUAAAAUAUAGCAUACAUCUAUGAAAUUAAAAUUAAAUAAAACUAAUAAAAUAUUAUUUUAUAAAAAUAAAUAUAUAAUCAUAUUAAAAAAACAAUACAUUUAAAUUUAAAUAAUUGUAUGAAUUAUAUUCAUUUUGAGAUAGAAAUAAAUAAUAUGUAUGAUUGCCAAUUGCAUACGUAAACUAUUUUUAAAUAUAAUUUUUUACUUUUUUAUAUUUGUAAUAAAAAAAAAAUUUAAAACUAUCUAGGUACUUAGUUUUGUUGGAAUAUCUGAAACAUCACAAAUUACAGAAGUUACAAUAACAACAUUUUUACAUUUUCAAAAGUUGUAUUACUUAAUUGGCUGAUAUCAUCCCGUCAAACUAGAACAAAAGACAAAACAAUAAUUUUUAUCCGUGUACAAUGGUACUUAAAUUGUUAUAAUAUAACGUAAAUUCUUCAAUAAAUAUAUAGGAGUAUGUGAUUUAAUGAUUAUCAAAUAUAUUUGACAGAUCCUUAUAUUAUAGACUAUUCACCUAUUGAAUCAUUUACAAUAUAGGUAUUUGAAUAAUUUUAUGUUUCAAUUUAUCAUUAUCCCUAUAGUUUAGGCCCUAGACAGUAUGUUGCGUUUUUGUUAGUAUUAAAUUCUUGUUAUAUAGAUUAAUUUGUGGUAUUUUCUUAGUAUUGUACAUGAGUUCUUCUCUAUUAAAACAUGCUUCUUGAAUUAAAAAUAAACAAAUCACAAUUUUAAUAUGCCCUAAAAUAUAAUAUUAUCUGGGCUAAUAUAAUAAGAACUCAUUUUAUGUUAUUCAUAAAGCAAUGGUUUAACUAAAACUGGUUUUAACUGGCUAUAAAGCCGCAUUGUAUGUAACAUAAUUAUUAUCCUUUCGUCUUUAACACUCGUACUUUCACCUGCUUUUUCACCUGAAAUAUAAGUAAUACGCAACAAAUGAAAAGGUAUUAUUACUCUACUCUUAUAUUAUUAUUAUGUUCAAAUAUAUUUUACAUAAUUUCUUCUUGUAAUGAGAUCUUUUUCUUAUUAAGUUUGAUAUUAUUCAUAGUCACCAGAAAUAUAACUUAAUACUAUUUCUGUACAAUAGUACAUAUUUUAUAACAUGGCAGUUUUAUUAAUUUAUUAUUGAAUUUAAUUUGUAAUUUUUACAUUCUUUCAUGGACUUUUUGUUUUCCUGGAUACUAAUUCGAUAAUUUGUUAAAAUUUGAUAAGUAGCAACUUUAUUAUAGUUAAUAUUAUCAUUAUUGUUGUAUUAUCUUUACCUACACAAUGUGAUUAUUCAAAUAAUAAUGGUUACUUUAAUAGCAUAAUUCAAAUAAAUACAACUAAUACAAGGCUUAAAUAUUUGUUGAUGUUGAGGACAAGGUCAGGACCAAUUGUAUGACAAAAAGUGAAAGUUUCCCCGCUACCACUUGCUGUCAUAUUAUUUUUUUUUUUAUAACAAUAAUAUAUAUAUAUAUACUUCUAUUGCUGCUGUUACAGACUAAGAGUUUGGUAUUUGGGUCAUACACGUCAAUAGGCCAGCUCUCACAGAACUACCUGUGUGAAGCCUGAGAAUGACCUACCAAUAAUAAUUUGACAUCCAUUCUUAUUAACAUGUCAAACAUUAAAAAAUUAUUGUAUUCACUUAACAUUUUUCUUGCAUAUUUAAAUACAUCUAUUAUGAGUAUUUGAAGAAGCUGUGCAUUUAGGUACAUAAAGUUAGGUUAACCAAGUAACUAUAUAAAAUAAAUGUUUCAUAAAAAUAAUUAUUGUUAAUACACUUCAAAAAGGUAUUAAUUAUAGGUAAUACCUAUGUAUUCAGAUUAUAGCUUAGCUAAACAUAUACACUGCGGACACUCGAGAAAAUAAUACUAAACAUUCCUUAGUUAUGUUAUAAAUAAACAAAAAUAUAAUUAUAGUUUUGCGCGUCAUCUACACAAUAUUUUAAAUAAGGUAACAUGUUCAUAAUUCGUGUUUUUAACACAAGACUUUUUGCAAAUUUUAAUAAUAAAAAAAAAUAUAAUUAUUCUUAGGAAUUCUCGAUUGAAAUAUGUUAUUUAUUUUUAUAAUAUAGGUAUCUAAUAUUAAAAUUCAUAGAUAAAUUGAAAAAUAAUUUGAUUUUUUUUUAUUAUUAUUUGUUUAAAUGAUAAAUAAGAUAAAAUUGGUUUUUAUGUUAAACAUACUAAGUAUUAUGUUGAUUUCAUUGUAUGUAUUAAAAUAAUUGUAUGAUAUAAAUGUGUGUGUAUAUAUAUAUAUAUAGCAUGUAUAUAUAUAUAUAUAUAUAUACUUUUUAUAUCCUUAGUACAUAUUAUAUUUACGAGGGUGUUGGUAUACAAUAAUAUAAUUAGGAGAUAUAUUUAUUUAUUUAUUAUCUGAGGAAGGGAAUAUAGAUUUUUCUUUACAUUUUAUACAAAAAUAUAAAGAAUACCUAAUGAGAAUAUAUUGACUUAAAUAACCAUUAAAAUGUUAUAUAUAUAUUUUAAUUAUACUGUUACCGAGAGUUGGUAUAGUUAUUAGAUAGAGUUGGAUAGUUCUUUAAUUUUUUCUUUUAAGUUUCUUAUAUAGGUAUAUUUGAAUUAAAUACAGAUAAUUUAUAAUUUCAAGUUUAGACUGGUGCAGAAAAGAUAUGUUUAUCCUUAUAUGCACAAUUAAUAACUCCAUAUAAAAAGCUACUUUUGUUAUUAUUUUUAUUUUAUUUAGAAUUAAGUUUAAUAUUUAUUAAUUGUUUUAACAAUAAAACAAUUUUUAGAUUCUUACAUAAUAUAAUUAAAAAAUUCCUCUCCAUAUUGUAAUUCUACUGUAUGUAUUCAACUCUAUUAUAUAUUCUUUAUUAAGAAGAUUAGGUACCAAUAUUUUCUUUUCUUAUCUAACUCAUACACAGCAUAGUAAUUAAGUUAAAUUUUUACAAAAUCAAUCAGAUUGAUAUUGUUGAGCCAUGAUAAUUCUGAAAACAUAUUUGAAUUCAAUGUAAAGAGUACAUGAGAUAUGUUAGACCACUUUUAAAUUUAAUUUUAGCAUUUAUUUUUAUAUAUAUGUAUUUUAAUAGUUUUAAAAUCUUCAAAAUAAAAUUUUUUGAAAAUACUAAGGAAUUAUGUUCAAAAAAAUGCCCUGGCCCAAUCUCUUGUAUACAUCAUGCUGAAAUUAGAAUUCUUAUUUACAUCAAUUGAAUUGAUUGCCGGAAAAUUUAUCUAAAUUGCUAAGCUGCGUUUGUUUUAAACAAAAAGAAAAUAUCCGUAUACUGUCCCCAUAAUAAAUGACCUACACAUUUAAUAAUAAUAAUUAUGUAUAAUAUGUAUACAAAACAGAAAACAAUUGAAAUAUAUGUAUUGACUAUAUAUCUAGUUGAUAGUUCGAAAAUAAUUAAAUUAAUAUUUUAGGUAUAUGAAAGCAGAUUGAUUAAUUUUUAUUGAAUAUAAUAUAUGUAUAAUUUAUUUUUAGGGUAACUCAGAAAACCUUCCCAAGCCUAGAAUACAAUUUAAGGGCAAUGAAGGUGUAAGUAUUGAAUUUGUAUAAAAAUACCAAUGUUAUUUGUUUUUUAUAUUUUUAUUUUUGUUAUUACAGCAAUUAUGCGUCCCGAGCAUAUCAAAAAAUUAUACGUUUGACUUCAGUUUAUCUAACUCAAUAGAUGUUACUGGUCCACGAAGUAGUUUUGAAUGUAUUCGCCAAAAUACUUCUAGGUAAGUAAUUAAUGUCAAUAAUUUUAUAUUAAAUACUUUCUUAUAAGCAGUGAUAUAAUAAUUAAAUAUAAAUAUAAUAUAAUAUUUAUUUGUGUCAUUACAGAUCAUUAGAAUAUGUCGGUAAAUUAAAUAGACGAAUGCGAGUACUUGCAAAUGAUGAUGUAUAUGAAGCUACUAGACAUAGGAUGGUUGCUGUUGAAGAAUUACAUAAGAAAUCAUGGUAAAAGUUGUUAUCAGUUAAAAAUAUGUUAAAAUAAAUUCAAUUUUAUAUUUUCUUAUAUUUAUCAAAAAUAUUAUAAUUAUAGUUACCUUGUAAUAUUUCAAUUACCAAUAAAAACUAUUUUAACUAUAGGAUUUACUACUGAAAUUAGUUUAAUUUGGAAAUAUAGUUUUUUUUUUGUAGCCUUUUACUAAACAUGUUCAUUAAAAUUAAACCCUUGAAAUUAAAAUUAUAUUAUUAUAAUAAAUUAAUAGCCACAAAAAAUGAAUAAAGAUGAAAUAUUCCUUUUCUUUAUAAUUAUAUGUACAUUAUAUAUGAUGUCAUUUUAAUUUAAAAUAAUUCUUUGUCUAAUUGAGCAAAGUUGUGCACAAUAAACAAACUAUAAGUGCAUGUAUUCUGUCUGUUAGUUACUUCUUAAUUUAUAUUAAAUUAAAGCAUAGAAUUCUUGAACAUUGUAAUAUAAUGUGUUAACAUUUUAAUGAAUUGAUUUAUGAUAAUAUGAAAUUGAUAACAAUCAUUUUUUGUUUACAGUACCCGGGAAAUUGAACUAGACAGUAAAUCAGCUCUUGGUCGCAAGAUACGAAAGAACCCUGCUCAAAUUAGAGCUAGCCGUCAUAAUAAUAAUACUUAUAAUAAUGUUAAUACUACAAAUAACGUUCCAAAACCUAUAAUUUCCAAACCAAUACCCCCGCACAUCCCAUCACCUGCCAAUCAUGCAUCAGAUAUUAGCAAAAAACCAUUACGUGAUAGAAUUAUUCAUCUUUUAGCAUUAAAAUCAUACAAGAAACCGGAAUUAAUUAGUAUAUUAAAUAGAGGUUGGUAAAGAUUACUUGUAUGUUGUUUAAAAUUAAUUUAACGUUUAAAAAAAAUUGUACUUUUCAGAUGGUUUAAAAGAUAAAGAUAGAACACAAAUAAUGUCAAUUCUUAGUCAAGUAGCUCAAGUAAAAGAUAAUGCAUAUCAUCUAUUACGGCAUAUUUGGAACGAUGUACAAGAAGACUGGCCAUUUUAUAGCAGUCAGGACCACAUGUUUUUAAAACGGUAAAUAAAACAAAUAAUUUAGUAUGUAUAAACAAUUAAGGUUCAAAACUAUAAUAAUAUAUUCAGAAGGAUCAGAAAUUCAAAUAUUAAGUUAAUGUACAAUGCAAAUCACUAUAUGCUCUCUGAUCACCUUGUUUAAACAAUUAGUUCAAUUGUCUAAUUGAAUAUUAUGAUUUUUGAAUGAACUAAUGAAUAUUUCAAUUUUGUCAAUUUAGUCCAAUAAACCAAUCAGACAGGCAUUUAACUAAUUUUUGUAUACAAAUUUUACUUUUAUAUUAAACUACAUAUUUUGAAAUUUAGACGAAAGCCUCAAAAUUUAACACCUCCUGGAAUGAGUGAUACUGGAAGUUCUGGUAGUAGUGAGCAAUCACCAAGUAGUACUGUUCCCAGUAGUCCUCCUGACAAUGUACAUGGUAAUAAAAGACCAGGUUAUUACAAUGGUGCAGAUGGUUUCCAGACUAAAAGAAUGCGUGUUUCUCAUUUCAAACGACCUUCACCCGAGCAACAAUUAUCUUCAAAUAGUCCUCCUCCAAUUGUUUCUAGUACUCAGUCGACCAUACGAUCACCUUCUCAUGCUAAUCCAAUACCAAAAUAUAUUCAGUAAGUAUAUUAUAUUACUUAAAAUAUAAUAUUAAUAGUCCAGAGCUUUAAAUUUAAAUUAUAUUUUUCAGAGAUUUUGUACAAAUAACAAACAAGGAGCAAAAGAAGCAAUAUAAAUCAGAAUUCAUCAAAUGUCAUAAAGAAUAUAAACAUCUGGCUGAUAUUUUGCAUCCUGUUCGGGAUAGAUUUGCCAAACUAAAGGAACGUAUGUUUGUUCAUCCUAAAGGCUCAAAUGAUUACAAGGUACAAUAAUUAUUUACUUUUAAUUUAUGAUUGAUGAUUUAAUUAAUAACUUUAAUAUUUGUAGAUUUUAGAAAAACAAAUAUUACAAGAAUAUUCUGAAAGAAAACACGAUGAUAAAUAUCAAGCAGCUAAGAUACGAUUUGACUACCUCCAUAACAAAUUGUCUCAUAUUAAAGCUCUGGUGCAUGAUUAUGAUAAACACAAUCCUGUGUUGAUUAGAACUGCAACACCAGAUUCUUCUUGCCUAUGA